CAUCAUUGGCAGUUUAUUGCUUGAAUAUAUAUUCAUCUUGUAAGCUCAUCAUCCGCUACAAAGACAAGCAGUAGAUGAAUCACUAACUAUUGCAAAAACCGAUCUUUAUCCUUUACAUACUCUUGAAGAAGGCUCGUUUAAACCCUCUUACAUUCUACCUCCCCAUCAUCCGUUUUCAAAGCCAACAAAAGAACACUUUGACCGUCGGUACGACAGCGUAAAUCUCCUGUUAUUAACACCAUCAUGACGGAAGCCACCGAUAAUAAUGAAAGCAGCAAUGACCUCUUUGAGGACUAUGAACGUACAGCUUACAAUAAAUACUCUAGCAACCAUAAGAAGCAGUUUUUUAAAAACUUGGCCAACAAGAAACUGAGUGUAGCGGCAGCUGCAGAAAAGUCAAAUGUCAUUCCUAGGACGGCCUACUCAUGGAUCAAAAAGGAAGAGGAAGAACGCAAGAAUCCCGCUAUACUACAGAUCAUUGCAGAAAGGAAGCAGCGCUAUGCUUAUCGUCGUAGAAGGAAAGAAAAUGCUACAAAGAACAACGGUAAGAGUGAAGAAAACAGUAGUUGAAGAUAUUUUGAAUUAAAAAACUCUUCAUUAACAACGUUUUGAGUGA